ACUAAAUACUUUUAUCAUAUAAAUUAAUUUUUCAAUUAUAAAUUAAAAAAAUUACUGAUAAACUAUAAAUUAACUUACGAGCUGCUAAGUAGUUAUCAGUUAGUUUUCCAAAAUAAAACAACCCUAUCUCCGUCGUUUCAAUUUUACCAUUUUCGUUCUUUCCAUCCAAAUCUGCUUUUCACCCAUGGCUUCUCGGAGGCUCCUAGUUUCAUUUCUCCGUUCUUCCGCCGCUCGCCGCCCUAGAUCUCCAUUUUGUUCAGCUCCGAAGAGAAGUCCCCGGCCGUCCCCGACCGGUCAUUUUCUUCAUCGCUUCGCUUCUCACUACGCUACAUCAGCAGCUGCGGCGGAACCUCCGCCCUCCAAGACGGCACCUGGCGGCGGUCUCGGUGGAAAAAUUACAGAUGAGUUUACCGGUCAAGGCGCCAUCGGGAAGGUGUGCCAGGUUAUCGGCGCCGUCGUUGAUGUGAGGUUCGACGAGGGUUUGCCCCCUAUUUUGACGGCGCUGGAGGUCUUGGAUAAUCAGAUCAGACUUGUACUGGAGGUAGCUCAGCACUUGGGGGAAAAUGUGGUGAGGUGUAUUGCUAUGGAUGGUACUGAAGGGCUGGUUAGAGGCCAGCGCGUCCUCAACACUGGGUCGCCAAUCACUUCUGAGUUUAAUGAUGACAUUGUUGAGACAAAUAAAUUGUUUCAGUCUGAGUUUAAUGAUGACGUGAUUCCUUCAAUUCCAGCAUUUGGACUUCCUGCCAGUAGGUACUUUCUUAUAUUGUAUUUGUUUCUUCUAACUGUGCCUGUAUUAUGGGAUUUAUGGAAUGAGGAUACUUGGAUUAUAUGCCUUCUGUAUAUGUUACCAAGAUUGGUGCCUGUUGGUAGAGCUACUCUUGGUCGCAUUAUCAAUGUCAUUGGAGAGCCUAUUGACGAGAAAGGGGAUAUUAAGACGGAACACUUUUUACCCAUUCACCGUGAAGCUCCAGCCUUUGUGGAGCAAGCUACAGAACAACAAAUUCUUGUGACUGGUAUCAAGGUUGUCGACCUUCUUGCUCCAUAUCAGAGAGGGGGAAAGAUUGGCCUUUUUGGCGGUGCUGGUGUUGGGAAGACUGUUCUUAUAAUGGAACUUAUCAACAAUGUGGCUAAAGCCCACGGUGGUUUCUCUGUCUUUGCCGGUGUAGGAGAACGUACUCGUGAGGGCAACGAUCUAUACAGAGAAAUGAUUGAGAGUGGUGUUAUAAAGCUAGGUGAUAAGCAGGCUGAUAGCAAAUGCGCUCUAGUCUACGGUCAAAUGAACGAACCCCCAGGUGCUCGUGCUCGUGUUGGACUCACUGGAUUGACUGUGGCCGAGCAUUUCCGGGAUGCAGAAGGACAGGAUGUGCUUCUCUUCAUUGACAACAUUUUUCGUUUUACCCAAGCUAACUCAGAAGUAUCUGCUUUGCUUGGGCGUAUUCCAUCGGCUGUCGGUUAUCAACCUACUCUGGCUACAGAUCUUGGAGGCCUUCAAGAGCGUAUUACUACGACUAAGAAGGGUUCUAUUACAUCUGUGCAAGCCAUAUAUGUGCCUGCUGAUGACUUGACUGAUCCUGCUCCCGCUACUACAUUCGCUCACUUGGAUGCUACAACUGUGUUAUCCAGACAGAUUUCUGAACUUGGUAUCUAUCCUGCCGUGGACCCUUUGGACUCAACAUCCCGCAUGCUUUCCCCUCAUAUCCUGGGAGAGGGGCACUACAACACUGCACGUGGUGUGCAGAAGGUUCUACAGAACUACAAGAAUCUUCAGGAUAUUAUUGCUAUUCUCGGAAUGGAUGAGCUAAGUGAAGACGACAAAUUAACAGUUGCCCGUGCUCGGAAAAUCCAACGUUUUCUGAGCCAGCCUUUCCAUGUUGCAGAAGUAUUCACGGGUGCCCCUGGGAAGUAUGUUGAGUUGAAGGAGAGUAUUAGCAGCUUCCAGGGAGUCUUGGACGGAAAAUACGAUGAUCUUCCAGAACAGUCGUUCUACAUGGUUGGAGGUAUUGACGAGGUUAUUGCUAAAGCCGAGAAGAUUGCCAAAGAAUCUGCUGCUUAGAUUAGUACAUCAAUCACCUUUUGUAUUACUAACUCCAUGUUCUGUUCUUGUGUACUGAUAAUCGCGAAAAUAAUUUAGCUUUUGGCUAUUCCGGAAUCUGAGAAGUAACUUUUGUUGGGUGACCAAAUUUCACCUUUUAGCUGUUGUGA